UGGAGGGCGGGAGGGGCGGAGAGGGGCGGGGAGAGCAGGACCAGACCGACGGGGAGGGGCCGGCCGGGGAGAGCAGGAGUAGAAGCGAGGCUCGGCAGCAGGCGGGGAGCCAGGGCGCCCCGGGGUCCGGCACGCUCCGGGGAGGGUACUGGGAGGGCUCCCGGGAGCGCCACCGGGAGAGGAAGGUGAAGCGCAGGGCCAAGGGCACGAAGCAGGUCGAGAGUAAGUACCGGCUGGAGAAGAAGCCCAACCUCCCGCAGGAGCGGAGGCAGGCGGAGACCCAGAAGAACGUGGUCUUGAAGGGGGAGACGAGCGAAGCCUGCCCCCGCUGGUUGUCGGAGCAGCGACGACGGCCGCCCACCAUCCAAAUCAGCCUCUCCCCCAAACCUCGCCGCCAGUCGCAGUGGUCCUCGCUCUGCCACACCUCGGUCAGUGUCAUUAACGAGCUGGCGCAGAUGGGCGACCCAGACGUCCUGGAAAUGGUGCAGGAGGAAGAGAGAAUGUCCAAUAGAGAAGCAGAAUAUAUUUUCGGAAUGAAUGAGCAGUCCCUGAGCAGCAGAGAGACCAGCUUUCUCAUCAGUGAAGAACCAGCGUCUGCAAAGCGAUACAAUUUGUUCCUGAAGCGACGUCUUUUGUUUAAAAAAGAUGAACAAAGCAAAGAUUCUAUCUUCUUCCGAGAUGGGAUUAGGCAAAUUGAUUUUGUGCUCUCCUAUGUUGAUGAUUUAAAGAAAGAAGCAGACCCCAAGGCGGAAAGGAGAAAAGAAUUUGAACAAAAUCUCAGAAAAACAGGUCUUGAGUUGGAAAUUGAAGACAAAAGGAACUCUGAAGAUGGAAAGACGUAUUUUGUCAAGAUCCAUGCCCCUUGGGAGGUCCUAGUUACUUAUGCUGAAGUGUUGGGAAUCAAGAUGCCUAUUAAGGAGAGUGAUAUUCCUCUGCCUGAGAAUAUCCCAUUCAGCUGUAUGCUUGAGCCUCUGAAGCUCCCAAAGAAUGUGAAGCACCCUCAUCCUGAAUAUUUCACUGCCCAAUUCACCAGACAUCGGCAGGAACUCUUCCUCAUUGAAGACAAAUCAAGCUUCUUUCCGUCCUCAUCAAGAAACAGAAUUGUUUAUUAUAUUCUCUCACGGUGCCCUUUUGGCGUAGAAGAUGGGAAGAAAAAGUUUGGGAUUGAAAGACUGCUAACUUCUAAUACCUAUUCAUCUGCCUAUCCACUCCAUGAUGGUCAAUAUUGGAAGCCAUCAGAACCUCCUAACCCUGUCAACGAGAGGUACACACUUUGCCAGAAUUGGGCUCGGUUUUCCUAUUUUUACAAGGAGCAGCCUUUAGAUUUGAUUAGGGAUUAUUAUGGAGAGAAGAUUGGCAUGUAUUUUGUCUUUCUUGGAUUUUACACGGAAAUGCUGUCCUUUGCGGCUGUCGUUGGCUUAGCUUGUUUCAUUUACGGCUUAUUAUCCAUGGAUACUAACUCAAGCAGCACUGAAAUCUGUGACCCUAAGAUUGGAGGGCAGAUUAUCAUGUGCCCGCUCUGUGAUCUAGUGUGUGAUUAUUGGAGACUAAAUACUACGUGUUUGGCUUCAAAGAUCUCGCAUUUGUUUGAUAACGAGUCCACAGUGUUCUUUGCAAUAUUCAUGGGAAUUUGGGUCACAUUGUUUUUGGAGUUUUGGAAACAGCGACAAGCCAGAAUGGAAUAUGAGUGGGACCUGGUGGACUUUGAAGAGGAACAGCAGCAGCUUCAGCUGAGACCUGAAUUUGAAGCUAUGUGUAAACACAGGAAAAUAAAUGCAGUAACUAAGGAGAUGGAACCUUAUAUGCCUCUAUAUAGUCGCCUUCCAUGGUACUUUUUAUCAGGAGCUACGGUGACGUUAUGGAUGGCUCUUGUCAUUGCCUGUAUGGUAGCUGUGAUUGUGUACCGCCUGUCGGUCUUUGCUACAUUUGCUAGCUUUAUGGAAAGUGAAGCAUCCUUUAAGCAUGUCAAAAGUUUCCUCACUCCCCAGAUAACUACAUCACUCAGUGGAUCCUGCUUAAACUUUAUCGUCAUCUUGAUCUUGAAUUUCUUUUAUGAAAAGAUAUCUGCGUGGAUUACAAAAAUGGAAAUUCCUCGAACUUACCAGGAAUAUGAGAGCAGUCUUACCUUGAAAAUGUUCCUGUUUCAGUUUGUAAAUUUUUACUCGUCCUGCUUCUACGUAGCUUUCUUUAAAGGGAAGUUCGUGGGCUAUCCCGGAAAAUACACGUAUUUGUUUAAUGUGUGGAGAAGUGAAGAGUGUGAUCCUGGAGGCUGUCUAAUAGAAUUGACGACCCAGUUGACCAUCAUAAUGACUGGGAAACAGAUCUUUGGAAACAUUAAAGAAGCCAUUUAUCCUAUGGUUCUGAAUUGGUGGAGACGUCGAAAAGCUCGGACCAAUUCCGAAAAGCUAUACAGUCGAUGGGAGCAGGAUCAUGACCUUGAAACUUUUGGAUCUCUUGGGCUGUUCUAUGAGUACUUAGAAACAGUUAUCCAAUUUGGAUUUGUCACAUUAUUUGUGGCCUCUUUUCCUUUGGCUCCUCUUCUUGCUCUCUUGAAUAAUAUUAUAGAGAUCCGAGUAGAUGCCUGGAAACUUACAACUCAGUACAGGAGACCGGUAGCUGCUAAAGCUCAUAGCAUAGGUGUUUGGCAAGACAUUCUUUAUGGAAUGGCUGUCCUUUCUGUUGCAACUAAUGCUUUUAUUGUUGCAUUUACCUCGGACAUCAUUCCCCGUUUAGUUUACUACUAUGCCUACUCAAAGGAUGCCACUGCACCCAUGAAAGGAUAUGUCAAUGACAGCCUGUCAACAUUCCUGAUAGCUGAUUUUCCAAACCACACUGCACCUUGGGAGAAACGAGACUUCACCACUUGCAGGUACAGGGAUUACAGAUAUCCACCUGAUCAUGACCAGAAAUAUUUUCAUAAUAUGCAGUACUGGCACGUCCUUGCUGCCAAGAUGACUUUCAUCAUUGUUAUGGAACACGUUGUGUUUUUAGUUAAAUUUUUGUUGGCCUGGAUGAUUCCUGAUGUUCCAAAAGAUGUUCUGGAGAGAAUCAAGAGAGAAAAGUUAAUGACUAUCAAGAUUCUCCAUGACUUUGAGCUUAACAAAUUAAAAGAGAACUUGAGAGCUAAUUCAAGUGAACUUGCCAAAGAAGUCCUGAUUCAGGAAAACAAAACACAACUGGCUAAAUCAACAGUCUAAUCAACAUAAUGAACAAGCCACUGGUUGCCUGUUAGGCUUCACAAUUUUCCGUGGGUUUUCAGGCCAGAGGCCAGAAGCCACAUGUCAGUUUCACCCUGCCUCCUCCUCUUCCUUCUUCUUUUUUAACUGAGAGUUUUCUGUACCCUUUUACAGAGGCCAACUUUGUGAGGUUGGAAGAAUACCACUUGUCUGCUUCAUUGACUGAGCCCUCUGCAGAUAUUGUUUUCUGGAGUUCUAGAAAUGAUUGUUAAGAGUGCAUAUCAAAUCAGAAUAAUGGAAAAUCAUGGGAUGUUGCAGUUUAGAAUUAAACACUGGACUUGGGCUAUCCCAUCAUGUUCCAGUGCAUCUGCACAUUUUCAUGGUCUCCUAUUGGGUUGUUUUAUAACUUCUUCCCAUCAAGAAAAAUGUUGGGACAUGGAGAAAAGAAGUGAAGAGGCCUACUGAGCCAUCUAUAUCCUGCCAUCUUCGACCAUGUGAAUGAAACCCCCAAAUUAAACGACUUAAGAAAACUCAUUUAUUAAAUGCGUUGAGUAAAUAUCAUGGCAGGGAUUUGUUCUUGAAAUCAUCCUGAAUAAGGUAAACUUCCAUCAGAAUCCCAGAUAGCCCUUCCAGGUCAAUGCAGAAUUGAUUUUUCAAGAGACUGGACAUUUGGGUUUCAACAAAAGUCUAACAUCUCAGUUCUUUAAAGACGACAUUUUGGUAACGGCAAUUUCAAGUGUGGAUUGUUAUCUGGAAAACAGCAUUAAGUUGUUAGGUUGCUUCAGUUCUUUAAGAAAAUGAAAGAUAUUGUAGAGAAGUAAAUGUGUCUUCUUACUAGUUAACAAACACAAGACAAUGAAUAUUGAUUAAUUUGUUGAGCUUAAUCUAUAAAAAAUUGUUGAAUUUUUAAAAAUCAUUUUUCUUCUACAAUGUGUAUUUUGCAUCAUGAAACCUGUUUGAGCAUUAGCUCUUUGUAUAAGUUAGGUACAAGUUGUUUAUGAAAUGGGUUUACACUUUUAAUGGGUUUACACUGUUUUCUAUUGAUGCAUUCAUUGCUCCAUAGAGUGCUCAGUGCCUUGUCCCUAUGCCUUUGACACACAAGAAGUGGUUGUGCUGUUCAUCUGAUGUGAUGUAACAUCUCAAAUGUUAGCUUCUUUUAGAGAAAUUGUCAAUUUAACAUUAUUCAUGGAGUUUAACACCAGAAGAUCAACCAAGGAAGAAGGGGGUGAUGGAUUUGAUAGCUAAGUGAGAAAAAAUUAAUUGAAUGAUUUCUCUCAUAUGUAGGCCUAUGGCACAUGUACACCUGUUCUUCUUUCUCUUAAAAAUACUUCAUCCAUAUUUUUAACAUUAUAGAGUGAGAGAUACAGUUCAGUUAUAUAGUAUUUACGUCCAUAGCUUCAAAUUACACUUCAGUUCCCAAAAAAUGGUGUUUUUUUAAAUUGUAUACAAAAGGAGAAACUUUAUCACAAGAUUUUUUUAGGUAGUAUUUCAUUAUUUGAUCCUAAUACAUUUUUGUAGAAUUGCCAAUAUUAAGUACAUGGCAGGUGGUAUUAACUGGUGUUCAGUAUUAAGCAUUUAGAAAUGAGGAUUAUGAAUUUUAUAAAACCAUGAGACAGUUACCCCAAUAUUGGCAGUAAUGAUUUGGCAUCCACUGGGUAUAUUUAAAAAAAACAUUUUUGUGUAAUUUAAAAUGAUCUCAUUAUUGAAAAAAUCAUUUCAUAAGAAGAGGAGACCUAUUUUUUGCUUGAGAACACCAGUCAAUGUUACUAUGAAAUAAGCCACAGAUGCAGUAUCUUUGGCUUGUGAAAUCAAACUCUUUGUUACUACAGUGUUGUCCCUUGUGCACAGCUCAUACAUAUUGCUUUCUUCCAGGUGCUAAUAAAAAUAAGGAAGAGUGUGGAAAUUGGUUUCUUGGAUAUAAGUUUUAGUUUGUAUGGCUUAACAGUAUUUAUAGAUCUAGAGUGUUAAAUAAAGACAAAUCAAACUCGUAAAAUUAUCUGUACACCGCAAUCUUAAAACAAAAUCAACUCAAGUGUCAGGUUUCUAGAAUGUAUGGAGAAACUAGCAAGAGAGGAAAUCAUUUGAAGACAAGCAAAUAGUUCCAAUGAUUGGUAGAAUCAUUUGUGUUGUUAAUGGAGGGCUGAAUUUAGAGACUACCAAGUGUAGGUUGAGAUUUAUCAGCAUGGCUGAUGUUUUCAUCAUCCAGUCAAACCCAAACUUUCUUUUUUUCCAGAAAUGUUCCGGGAAACACUUGAGAUUUUAUUUGAAAUAAUUUUAAGUGCAAAAGCCAAAAAAAUUACAUAACUCUUUUCAAAUGUCAUCUCUAAUCCUUGCCUUCAUCAGUUUUUCUUUGCACACAAGAAGCAAAAUCCACCUCAAAACAUUUAUUUUAGAGGAAUCCAUCAAGAAGGGAGUAUCUUAAUUAAAUGGGCUGCUGUCUUAUCUUUGUUGCAUCUCAUGAUUUCUCUUGGCUUUAACAUUCUUCUCUCAGCUAAGCCAUUAAGCAGCUUAUCAAGGAGAAGAUGCAAAGACGAUGAUAAUGAAGAGGAGGGGCAGAGGAAGAAGGAGAUAAAAUAGUGUUCUCUCCUUAUGAAGCUGUGCAUGCUUCCAUGGGGAGAGGCGCAGUGAGGCAGCAUGGUGCAGCUGUGGGUAGUGAGAGGAAUGUCUCUCCUAAGCCAUCUCAGUGAGGAUGAGAGAAAAGCCAAAGAAGUUUCAAGCUGAAAACUACUAGGUGUCAAAAGUAAAACUUGGAUUCCAAAGUGCCUGUGUAGCAUCAGCUGCUAUGGGUAGCCCUGGAUCUCUGUUGAUGGACUCCAGUUGAGGGUGAGGAGUUUGUAUCACUCAUUCAACAGGGGAGUCUGUUUGUUUUGGAAGAACCUCUCUAUAAUAGUUGUUUUUAAUUAGCAAUAGUUAUUAUGUUAUCAAAGAAUGUUAAUAGGGAACAGAGCAUUGCCAGAGUACCAUUGACUAGACUUUGAAGUCUGCCACCGUCAUUGACUAUAACUAUUAUAUUAUUCUUUUUCUGGACAGAUCUUUACUCUUCUGCUUUAUGUAUGAUAAUUCAGGUAUGUCACCUAUUCCAGCAUUAUGUAAAAAUUCAUGGGAAUAUUAAAAAGAAUAGCAAAAAUUCAUGAGAAUAUUAAAAAGAAUAGCAUAGUUCAAAGUGUAUGAGAUUCCAGCUUCAACUCCCCCACCCCCAUAUUUGACUAGCAUAUCUUUCCUGUGAGUGAUUCUGUGCCAUGGUGUUAACCAAGAAAAUGGGUACUCCUUUUUCUUUUCUCUUGUCUGCUGUUUUCCCUCCCCCGAGGAGGUGGGAAUGGAGGUAUACAGGGAAAGUUGCUCUUAAGUAACCUGUACAUCAAUCUCAAGAGAUUCAAACUCAUGCAGUGAAUAAAUACUUUGGCAUGAACUCAAUUUAUUCUUCCAGUAAAACAUUGAUAUGAUUCCUC